CAUUACUAUAACCUAAAAAGCACUAUGAAAACACGUAUUUACUAAAAUUGCUCCUUCGGGUUAUUUGAUGUGUGAUAUGUACUUUUUACUUCGUAUGUAAAUUAAAUUUAUUACCCCCUUCGCAGAUCCAGAAUGCUAACAUGAUGCUAUUAAAUAUAAUGAUACACUGAACGAGAAUAACUUGUCAGUAUUUACGAAGAGUUGGGGAUUGAGUGGAUGUUAAGCAUUGUUUUCCAACACAACGUUAUUUCCUGAUAAAACAUUCAAACUCGUAUUUUGCCUGCCCUAGUCUAUCGAGAUCAUGAAAAUAAUGUUGAGGAAUUCUGCGGGCGAAAUUUUCUCAAUGGAGGUCAGUCCUGAAAAUUCAUUUCAAAUACUUAAGAAUAAAUUGCAUAUAGACCAUGAAAUGAAUUUAGAAGUGAACGAAAUUAAUUUUAAAAAGAGAAGAGUUUCAGAGACUGAAUCUCAAAAACAUUUAGACCAAUUACCUGAUCAGAAUACAUUUGAUUUUCAAAGUUCUCAUGGUGACAUUGAAGAUCAGUUGUCUGCUGAAACAUCAAAAGUUUUGAAGUGCCUUGUACCAGAAUGUGGUUUGAAUCAAAAAGACCAUCCUAAUAAAUGUUUCUUUGUUCUCCCAACGAAUGAAGAGAGAUUGCACCAUUGGCUGUUGGUGUGCAGGCGUUCAGAUUUAAUAAAAAAUUUGAAAAAUAUUGCCAAUGAACGUUAUGGCAUUUGUGAGGACCAUUUCAUUGGAGAUCAUUUUUUGGAUAAUACCAAACGCACUUUGAAGAGUGAAGCCAUCCCAACAGUAUUCAGUUGCCAUGAAAAUAUGUUCAAAAAUGAAUUUGUUUAUGAAGAUGGGAUAUUUGGGACUAAUACAUUAAUUAAAGAAGAGCUUUCUGAUGUCAGUGAUGGAGCAGUUUCAGAAGAGCACGAGGAUGAUAUUCUGACUGAGAGUUUAAAUCAGUUGUGUCGCCUUUGUGCUUCCCAUAUUAGUGAUGUGGUAUACAUAUUUAAUGACACGGGCCAAGAACAACAAAUCGCCAAGAAAAUUAAUUCCUGCUUGCCUAUUACGGUGAAAAGUACUGAUCCAUUACCUAAACAGUUGUGCAUGUCCUGUGUGGCCAAACUUAAUCUGUGUCAUGAGUUUGCUGAAUCAUGUAUUGAAGCUGAAAAUAAACUGCUACGUUUAAAUAGGAGAAAAUGCUUCAUAUCACAUUCUUCCAGUAUACUAAAAAGAGUGAAUUUACAAAAUCAUAAUUCCAAUGAAAGUCUUACUGCAUUUUCUGAAAAUGAAGAGAAAACAAAGUAUGCAGGACAUGUACAUGGUGAUAACAGUGACUCGGAAGAUUGUAGAAUUAGUCAUGAAACUGUCGAUAUGAAAAAAUUUGAUUGCCCUCUGUGUUGUGGGGGAAGCAUGAUGUUUAAAAGAGAUAAAAGUAUUAUUGUUAACAGUUCUAUGUUGGGCAAUAAUCAAGAAAAAGAUCUUAUUUGCAACCCCACAACACCAGCAGAUGAUCACUUGUUUUCCAAUAACCAUUCCUCUGAAACACAAAUUAUCUGGGAAGGCAAUAACAUUGAACCAGCAGAUUGUGAUAAGAGUUUGGAGGGUAGUGAGGAUAUCAGGGAAGAUGAUUUAGUGUCUACUCCACAUAAUGAUGGACAAAGCAAACGAUUAAUGUUUGCUGGAAAAAUGAAUUGCCGCAUAUGUGAUGAUGUUUUUGAUAAUAUGGAAUUGUGCAUUUCUCAUGCUGAAUCACAUUUUGAAACUGAUUUUUAUCCUUGUAACGUGUGUGAUUUGUGUUUUACUUCCCUUUUAAGUUUUAAAAGUCAUUGUGAAAAGCAUCAUUUAGAAAGUGCAAGGUCCAAAAAUCGGGCAUCUAAACGCUUAACAUGUAAUCUAUGCGGAAAACGUUUCAAUUCAGAAAGAACUUUAAGUGGUCAUGCUUGUGGUAGUUCACCCAGACCGUUUAAAUGCGAUGAAUGUGGGAAAAGCUUCCUCACAGAAGUGCGCCUUCAUUUUCAUCAGCAAAUUCACCAGGGCGGAAGUUCCAUCACUUGUGAACAUUGUGGUAAAAUGUUCAGCCGUGAAAACAAUUUGUACGAUCAUGUUAGAUUGGUUCAUAUGCGCGAAAAAGCGCAUUGUUGCGAUCAGUGUGGGAAAACGUUCCAGUUGAAAGCGCGUCUUAUUGCCCACCAAAGAGUGCACACAGGGGAGCGCCCUUUCGAAUGUGACAUUUGCGGAGGCAAAUUCUACGACAAGGCGACUCUAAAGGGCCACAGACUCACGCACUUAGAUGUCAAACCAUUCCAAUGCGAAAAGUGCGGCAGGUGUUUCGCGCGGAAGACUUUAUUUAAGCAGCAUACAAUAGCUCACCUUUCCGAGGAGAGAAAGCGUCCGAGGACGUACUCGUGCAGAUUGUGUGGAGGAUCUGUUUUUUCAUCGUAUGCGAAACUCAUCGAGCACAGAAAAGAGGUUCAUCCGGAUGCCGAAAUGAACGAAGUGGACGACAGUGCUCAAGUUUCGAAACCCUUUAAAUGCGAAGACUGCGGCAAGUCUUUCGCUUAUCGCGUGACUUUGGUGGCUCAUCGCAGGAACCACACCGGAGAGCUCCCUUUUCAGUGCGAAUUUUGUUCCAAAAGAUUUUCCCAAAAGAGGUCGUUGAUUUUGCACCGCCGAAUCCACACCGGCGAGAAACCGUUCGUGUGCAUGGAGUGCGGCAAGCGAUUCGUGCAGAGCGCGCACCUCUACUCGCACACGCGGCUGCACACGGGCGAGAAGCCCUACGCGUGCGAGGUGUGCGGCGAGGCGUUCCGCCUCAAGGACGUGCGAGACGCGCACCAGCGCAAGCACACGGGCGAGCGCCCCUUCAAGUGCAACGUGUGCGGCAAGGCGUUCCGCACCAGCCACUCCUACUACCAGCACAUGUGGAUCCACCAGGGCAAAAAGCCCUACCCUUGUUCGUAUUGCGGCAAAGCGUUUCGGCGCUCGAACGGGUUGAAAAUUCACAUUCGAAUUCACACGGGGGAAAAGCCGCACUCGUGCGAUAUUUGCGGCCGCUCCUUCGCGCAGAAGCAGGACAUGAAGAAACACAGAAAUCUCCAUGGCGUGGGGAAGUUGUAAACGCUCUUAAAAAACUACCAGACACACUCAUGGAGUACAUGCUGUUCCUAUCAUGGUUAUUAAUUAUACUUGACAUGUAUAAAGUAUUUAUUUCAUUUAAGUCAAUGGUAACUGUAAUAUAAACAUUUCUGAGAUUUAUGUACUUUUCUGUAUGAGAGUCCACAAUUAUACUUGCAAUGAUUCUUGUGUUUUGAAAAUAAAUUAUUGUUCUCGUACCAGU